CAACGAGUGUGGACCACCCUCGCCCAUGUCCUGUGGAAAAUACGCAGACUGCCAGAACACAGAGGGGAGCUACUUCUGCACGUGCAGCCCAGGAUAUGCGCUGGCUUCUGGGGCAGCCGCGUUCAGGAACGCGAGUGAGAACACAUGUCAAGACGUGGACGAAUGUCAGCUGAAACCCAGGGUCUGCAGAAGCCGCGGAAUCUGCAUCAACAGCCAGGGCAGCUACUCCUGCCAAUGCCCGCCUGGCUUGGAGCUCAGUCCGGAGGACCCGAGGCUGUGCACAGAUGUGAAUGAAUGUACCUCAGAGCAAAACCUAUGCCAUGACUCCACCCAUUGUUUCAACAUCGUUGGGAGCUAUGAGUGCCACUGCCGCCCUGGCUGGAAGCCAGUUCCUGGGUCCCCCCAUGGCCCAAACACCACCAUCUGCGAAGAUGUGGACGAGUGCAUCGCCGGGUAGCAUAAGUGCCACAACUCCACCAUCUGUGCCAACACUGUGGGCUCAUACGCGUGCCACUGCCGCCGCGGCUGGCAGCCCAAAUCUGGAUUCCAAAACAAGCAAACGAACACCACCUGUGAAGAGAUGUCCUUCCCCGCCUGGACCAUGCCCUCUGGUAUCAAGAGCAAGAGUCUCUUACACUUCUUUGAAAGGAUCCAGGAUCUCAGCAGAAAUUUCAUGGUCGUCUCAGCCAAGGACACCAUCCAGGGCCUCAUACAAGGGGUGGAUGAACUGUUGGCGACCCCAGGGGACUUGGAGGCCCUGCCCCACUCAGAGAAGCGCUGUGUGGCCACUAACCUGCUUCUUGGCCUGGAGAACGUCCUGAGAGGGCUGAGUGAGGCCCUGCCCAGUGGGUUCAAUUUGACCAUCAAUGCGUCUGCAGGCACAGAAUUGGCCCUGGAGGUGCAGGAGCAAGGAUACAGGAAUACUGCCUUGCGUCAGAAUCGGGCAGAGAUGCAGCUAAACUGGGAUCUGGUACAUGAAUCUGGUGACUCAGCAGAUCCUUCCGUGGUGGGCCUGGCCUCCAUUCCAGGAAUGGGCAAGUUGGUGGCUGGCGCCCCGCUGGCCCCAGAACCAGAGAAGCAGGCAGUUCUGAAUGAGACACACAAGGGUUUGCAGCUGGGGCCCCCCCCCAUCCUGCUCACGGAUGUCACCUCUGCUUUUAUGAGCAAAACUGACACCCAGAACCUCAGCUCGCCAGUCACCUUCAUCUUCAAGCAUGCACUGACCCCUGGGCCAAGGCAGAAGGUGUUCUGUGUAUUCUGGGAGCAUGGUGAGGAUGGAUGUGGUCAGUGGGCCACGACAGGCUGCAGGAUAGUGGACACCAGCGACACCAGCACCACCUGCCAGUGCACCCACCUCAGCAGCUUUGCCGUCCUCAUGGCCCACUACGAUAUGCAGGAGGAGGAUCCCGUGCUCACUGUGAUCACCUAUGCCGGGCUGAGCCUGUCUCUGCUGUGCCUCCUCCUGGCGGCCCUCACCUUCCUGCUGUGCAAAGCCAUCCAGAGCACCAGCACCUCCCUGCACCUGCAUCUCUCCCUCUGCCUCUUCCUGGCCCACCUGCUCUUCCUCACGGCCAUUGACCGGACUGAGACCAAGGUGCUGUGCGCCGUCAUCGCGGGGGCCUUACACUAUCUCUACCUGGCCUCCUUCACCUGGAUGCUGCUGGCGGGUCUGCACCUCUUCCUCACGGCACGCAACCUGACCGUGGUCAGCUACUCCAGCGUGAGCAGCUUCAUGAAGUGGCUUGUGUUCCCUGUGGGCUACGGGGUCCCGGCUGUGAUCGUGGCCAUUUCUGCAGCGUCCAGGCCGCACCUUUAUGGAACACCCACCCGCUGCUGGCUCUGCUCAGACAAGAGAUUUAUAUGGAGCUUCCUUGGACCAGCCUGUGCCAUCUUCUCUGUCAAUUUAGCUUUCUUUCUGAUGACCCUCUGGAUUUUGAAAAGAAAACUCUCUACCCUCACCAGUGACGUGUCCACCAUCCAGAACAUGAGGAUGCUGACAUUUAAAGCCACGGCUCAGCUCUUCAUCCUGGGAUGCACGUGGUGCCUGGGCCUCCUGCAGGUGGGGGCAGCUGCGCACGUCAUGGCCUACCUCUUCACCAUCAUAAACAGCCUGCAGGGCGCCUUCAUCUUCCUGGUGUACUGCCUCCUCCGCCAGCAGGUCUGGGAUCAAUACAGAAAAUGGUUCAAAAGCUUCAGGAAAACCAAAGCUGAGUCUGAGAUGUACAUACUCUCCAGCAGGGCCGUAUCUGAUGCCUCCAAACCCAGCACAACCCAGCUGCAGCAGAAAAGAGAAGAGAGCUCCACCCAGCCGCUCCGGUUGAGAUAAACACUAGCAGGCCCUUGUAAUUCCCUGUUGAUAUGCAGAUGACUAAUAGUCUCCACCCCUUGGAGACAUCUAUUGAUAUGCAGAUGCAGUUAAACCAGGCAAGAGAUUCUAGAAAUAAUUGUAAUUUUACUGACAAAUGGUAAAGGAGAAAAUAAAGAUUAAGCUCUAGUAUGAAA